AUGAAGACUAUUUCCAUUGUCGCUUUGUUGGCUCAGGCUCUAAUAGUCGGUGGCAUGUGGUGCAACACUGCGGGAGCUGGACUUCGAGAGGGCCUGAACUGCCAUAAAGAAGCAAAAUACACAUUUUGCUGCACUGAAAUUCCAGGUGGAGAUACACCAGUCCCGCGAAGGUGUCAACCGACUAUAAACGGCACUACGGAUAUGAUUGUAUACGACAAAUGCGAUCAAGGCUAUGUUUACUGCUGGGGGCUGUCUAAGCAAACCACCGCCUGUGUCGAUCAACAUCAAACCAUACUUUUGGCCAUUACUGUGUUCGUUGAACACCAAGGCUCGUGCAAGUUGCCUGCUAGUCUAGCAGGAUAA